AUGGUGUCCGCGGUAGGUGGACGGAGGGAGGGAGCCGUUCGGUCCCGUUCCGUCUUCCGAGACGACGUUCGGCUUGCUUAGAGUAUGCCCGACGUCGCCAUGCCUCCCCCGCGACCGCUAAACGGCGCGGGAAUCUUCCUCGUCCUCGCGUUGCCACCGACGCUCUUCUUCCUGGGAUGCGAGUCGCACAUCGACGCUAAGCGCCUGCACGACGACCUCCUCAGCGACUACAACAGACUCAUCCGACCGGUGGAUAACCACUCCAGCAAAGUCACCAUCGUCGUCGGCCUCAAGCUCACUCAGCUCAUCGACAUUAACCUCAAACACCAGGUCAUGACUACCAACGUGUGGGUAGAACAGACUUGGGACGACUACAAAUUACACUGGACACCGUCAGAUUACGGAGGGGUGGAAAUGAUUCACGUGCCAGCCGAACACAUCUGGUUACCCGACAUCGUCCUCUUUAACAACGCCGACGGGAAUUACGAAGUGACCCUGAUGACCAAAGCUACGGUCCACUACACGGGAAAGAUCGUGUGGAAGCCUCCCGCCCUAUAUAAGAGCACGUGCGAGAUCGACGUGGAAUACUUCCCCUUCGACGAACAAUCUUGCAUUAUGAAAUUCGGAUCGUGGACCUACGACGGAUACGAGGUGGAUUUGCAACACGUGAAGCAGGAACCAGGGACUAACACGGUAGCUAUGGGAAUCGAUCUGAGCGAACUUUACAAGAGCGUAGAAUGGGACAUUCUAUUGGUACCGGCCAAAUACAACGAAGAAUACUACGAUUGCUGCGACGAGCCCUAUCCGGACAUCACUUUUAACAUCACAAUGAGAAGGAAAACCCUAUUCUACACGGUUAAUUUGAUUAUACCGUGCGUGGGAAUUUCCUUCUUAACCGUGCUAGUGUUUUAUCUCCCUUCGGACAGCGGGGAAAAAGUUACGCUCUGUAUAUCCAUUCUAGUCUCCCUGACCGUUUUCUUUCUUCUGCUAGCCGAAAUCAUCCCACCCACGUCCCUAGCCGUCCCCCUCCUGGGAAAAUAUCUUCUGUUUACCAUGAUCCUCGUCACUCUGUCCAUAGCGGUGACUGUAGGAGUGCUCAACAUCCACUUUCGUUCUCCCUCCACUCACAAAAUGUCGCCCUGGGUGAGACGCGUCUUUAUCCACAUUAUGCCCAGACUUCUACUGAUGAGAAGGCCCCUGCACACUACCGAAGACAAACUGACCGAACCUCCCAAAUUCGCGGGCAGGAAUUGCAACGGCAUGGAGAUAAGAAGAGACUCCUUCGUUCGGAUGCAAGCGGAGCGCAACACCCCGCCGCCUGAUGCCUUGCACGUGGAUUACAGAAUGCGCGCGGGACGCGAAGACUUAGUCCGGGAAAACGCCGAAAAUACCGACCACGCCCAUUACAGGCACCAUUCUCCGGAAAUCCAGAAAGCCAUCGAGAGCAUUCUCUUCAUUGCCGAACAUAUCCGGAAAGAAGACGAGGAGCAGAGCGAGAUAGAAGACUGGAAGUACGUGGCCAUGGUGCUGGACAGGUUGUUUCUGUGGAUCUUCACCAUCGCUUCGCUGGUAGGAACGUGCGGAAUACUGCUUCAGGCCCCUUCUCUGUACGAUGAUCGGAUCCCGGUCAGCGACUCCUAAAGCGGAUCUCUUCGAUCGGCAGCCCUCAUACGGCAGCUACUGCGCGCGCGAAUUCUCGCCUCCGGCUUACUUUCCCCAUUUUACCCCCCCGGGGAGGUCACGGUUCGCCUCUCAACAGGAGUGAUGGGUCGCUUCUUCCUGCCUCACGGUUCGACGCCCCACUCGAGAGAGAGAACGGGCCUUUCUUUUAUUUAUUUAUUUUUUUUACUUUCUUUCUUUUACCUUCGGUCCUCCCCCACCUCCGAUUUUCUCUCGUCGUUUUCUAUUCUUCUGCGGCCGGAAUAUAUAUUUCUACACUUUUUCCUCACUCGGCCGUUUUACGAAUCUCUCUCUUCCUUCCUCUCUUUCUCUUCUAACUCUCACUUCACGCGCUUCCGCUUCCGGAAUCGCCGCUUUCCUUCCCCCCAAAAACGGGAGGACUCUUCCCCCCCAGCACGCGGGGAAGAAGUAACGGCGCCGUUCGGACGGACGAACGGACAGACGGACGGGACGUUUUACCCCUCUUUUUUCCGAGACGUGGAUCCAGUGCCAAAGAGUCCCGCCGAAAUUUCUUCCCGUCUCUUCUCGGAUUCCGGGGAAAAUUCCCUUCCCUGCCUUUCCGCUUCCGGUGGCGAUUUAGGGGGGGGUCGAAUACACCCUGAACCCUCGGCGGGCCUCGUCUUACGUGUGUUUUAUACUCCGGUAGAAUCAAUUUCUUUCGGUUUCUUGUAGAUAGCAACCGUUCAAUAAAGUGGAAAGAAAGUCGCCCGCUGGUUUUCUUUUCCUCCCCUCUUCCUCCCCGGAAGUGAACCCCUUUCGCGAUUUUCGUUUCCGGUAGAAGGAAUGUUUCGACUGUAAAAAAAAAACUGUUAAAAGUUUCUUUUAAAGUGGUUGUAUACGAAAGGAUUUGGUGGAGGAACCCCUCACGGCGCGCGUGCUCUCGUUGUAGUGUCCGUCGUCAGAGAGGAAGAAAGGUGACACCGGGGUCGGCGGACGAAGGAGAAGGGACCGAAUCCGCCACCGCCCUGAUGCGUCGAGGAAGGAGGGUCCUCCCCCCCACAUCGAAAGGUGCCAAAGGAUUUCCGGAAGCUACCGAAAGAAGAAAGUCGAGAGGAAACGACGAAUUUAGAGCUCUUUCCUCCAAAUUUUUAACUCCAUUAUUCGUAACUUUAUUAACGUUUAGUCAGAAUAAACUUUUUUGAAACGAAUUAUCGAGUUUUCUGUUCUUAAAUUAACGCCAAUUCCAUUCAAAUGGACCAAACCGGAAACUCUCCCUUCAACCUUUUCACGCCCUUUCCUCCGUAACCGGAAAUAACGAAG